AUGAAGUUGAAUGCAAAAUCUCAUUCUUCACGGUGGGAAUGGGAUAACCUAUCAUUUUUCAAUACAAAAGAAAUUGAAAAUCCUAAAUCACAACCACCGAAUCGGAGUAUCGAAUUGGAUCGAGAAAACAAUGUCGACUUGUUCGAUACGCCCGAUGGAAGUGGUUGCUCUGGGUCUGAGUUAAUUCAUGAUUCCAUAUCAAGGUGUUCGAAAUCAUCAAAUAGGGAUAAGGAUAAUAGCAAAACAUGUAUAUUUUCUUUUGAAAAUUCUCAUGAUUUCAAUGAUAAGAUAGAAUUGUCUAAAGAAGAUCCAAUUGAAAGUUCUAAUGCACCAGAGCUUUCUUCUGUAUCUGGUGAACCAUUGCUCACUCUAAAACUUGGUAAACGGAUGUACUUUGAGGAUUUAAGCUCAGAGAGUGAUCCCAAAAACUUAUCUAUUUUUGGGGAUUCCAUGUCAAAUGUAAGUAUUGGAAAGAAAUGUAAGUCAGUUGGUAGGAACUUACAAUGUUCGCACUGUCAAGUUGAAGGUUGUGGCCUUGACCUUUCAUCGGCGAAAGAUUAUUAUCGCAAACACAGAGUUUGUGAAAGUCAUUCAAAAUCUCCUAAAGUGGUUAUAGCUGGUUUGGAACGACGAUUUUGCCAGCAAUGUAGUAGGUUCCAUGCUCUUUUUGAGUUCGAUGAAAAAAAGAGAAGCUGUAGACGACGCCUUUCACAUCACAAUGCAAAGCGCCGUAAGCCUUGUCCUCUUGAUGUUGUCCAAUCAAGUCAAUCAGUUCUGUCUUCUUCACGAUGUGAUGGAGAACAACAGAUGAGUCCAUUUUCUUAUUCAAAGACUGCUACAAAUUUAGCCGGCCAAAACAUAGACAACAAUGUGCUCCUCCAAACAAAAAAUUUUCUCUUGAAGCCUGCAAAAGAUAACAUUGACGCACCACGUGUAGAAGAUUUCAUUACCUUUUCUGAUACAAAUGCAACACAAGACUUUACUUGUGCUCUCUCUCUUCUGUCAACCAAUCCAUGGGAUUCGUAUGCGACUGAAUCUAUUUCUCUAGAACAUUCUAAUCGCACAAGCAGUUGUUCUCAAGCCAUAACACAUGCAAUGAGUCAGGGCACGCCGCUUGCUUCAUCAGAAUAUAUUAGUGAACAUGAUCAACGUGUCAAUUCCAGCAUGUGGAUCUCAAACUCAAACUGUGAAGAAAGCAAUCACUUUCAAGAAUUUCAACUGUUGAGAGAACCUUAUGAAUCUGGUUUUCACCAGUUGGACUAA